AUGUUAGGCAUUGAUCGCACGGUCAUUUGUCAUCGGUUAACUGUUGAUCCGUCGGCAAAGCCUGUCAAGCAAAAAACGAGGCAUUUGUCAUCAGAUCGAAGGGAAUUCGUUCGGGAAGAGUUGAAGAAGAUGGCGGCAAUUGGUCAUAUCCGUCCGGUCACUUUUCCCGAAUGGGUGGCAAAUAUAGUGCUGGUCCCAAAACCACCAUCAUGGCGCAUGUGCAUCGAUUUUAUAGACCUUAACAGAGCGAACCCGUUGGACCCCUACCCCUUGCCAAGCAUCCAUCAAAUGGUGGACGAGACGGCUGGGGCGGAUUUAAUGAGUUUUAUGGACGCUUUAAAGGGGUAUCACCAAUUCAUAAUGGCUCACGAAGAUGAGAGUAUGACUGCUUUUGUGACACCGGAUGGCUUAUAUUGGUACAAAGUCAUGUCGUUUGGUCUUCGGAAUGCUAGAGCCACGUACCAGUGCAUGGUCAACCUUUUGUUUGAGAAGUUGUUGGGUCAUACCAUGGAAGCAUACAUUGACGAUAUGCUUGUCAAAAGUCAUGAUCGGGUUGAUCAUGCCCGAGAUCUUCGUCAAUGCUUCCAAAUCAUGAGAACGUAUCAGUUGCGCUUGAACCCUAAUAAGUGCACGUUUGUAGUUCAAACGGGGAAAUUUCUAGGUUUCAUGAUGACCAAGAGGGGGAUCGAGCCAAAUCCUUCAAGACAUGCAACCACCUUCGACCGUUCGGGGGUCCAACAGCUCACUGGUCGGUUAGCUGCUUUGAGCCAAUUUUUAUCGAAGUUAGCCGAACGUGCUUUACCGUUCUUUAAAGUAUUGAGAAAGGUCAACGGAUUCCUUUGGGACGAAGAAUGCCAGUCGGCUUUUGAUGAAUUGAAAGAGUAUUUCAUGUCUCCAAUUGUCUUAUCUAAGCCGGAACCCAGAGAGGAUCUAGAGGUAUGCCUCGCUGUAUUUGAUCGCGCCGUGAGUGCAGUAUUGUGUCAGACGGACCACGAGUCGGUGCAGUGCCCUGUGUACUACGUUAGUCAUGUGUUGCACGACCCAGAACUCCGCUAUUCCCGGAUGGAGAAAGCAGUCUACGCCUUGUACAUAGCGGCUAAGAAAUUGGCUCCUUAUUUCCAAGGUCGACUGAUUCGCGUCUUAACUGAUCAACCUAUCGAGGCCGUCUUCCGUACAGCUUCUUCCUCCGGACGUCUCGUUAAAUGCGCAUUGAUGCUCACGCAAUUCGCCAUUGAGUAUAAACCUCGACCGGCCAUUAAGGGUCAAGCCUUAGCGGACUUUUUCGUCGAGUGCAACGCUCGGGAUAUGCAGCCUCAGGUUUUGGAGGAUCCCGAUGUAGCUUGGUGGGCAGUAGCUACGGAUGGCUCGAACAACAGGAAAGGAGCCGGAGGAGGAAUCGUGAUCACCAGUUCUGAAGGAUUUAAGGUAUAUUAUGCCCUGAUGUAUCAGUUUACUCCCACCAAUAACGAGGCUGGGUAUGAGGCUUUCAUUGUCGGUCUCCAGUACGCUCGAGAUCUGGGGGCUACCUACGUCCGAGCGCAGACCGAUUCUACUUUAGUUGUCGGGCAAGUAUUGGGGGAGUAUGAGGUUAAUGGAAAGCGUUUUCUUUCGUAUCGGGAUUUGGCGUUGGAAAAAUUAAGUUUCUUCCGGGCAUAUGCUGUCCGACAUAUUCCAUGCCUAGAUAAUGCUGAUGCAGAUAUACUUUCCAAGUUGGCUCAAGACGCACCAGAACACAUUUCCAAGAUUGCUCGGAUCGUGGUGAUUCCAGCGCCCAGCAUCAAUCGGUUACUGGUUGCCCCUGUCCAAGAAGAGGAGGAAACAUGGAACACAGAUAUCUUAGGAUAUUUGCAAGACAAUAAAUUACCAGAUGACCCUCAGAGGGCUCGAAAGGCCAAGCUUCGGGCACCUAGGUUUCAGGUGUUGGAUGGUCGCCUGUACCAUCGAUCGUAUGGGGGACCCUUGAUGCGAUGCUUGACUAAAUUCGAAGCUGAACUUGUCAUGAACGAGUUACAUUUGGGGUUGUGUUCAUCCCACCAUGGUGGUCGAUCUUUGGCUCGACGCAUAAUGGUCAUCGGAUAUUAUUGGUCGUCGAUACAGCUAGACUGUGAGAAAAUAGCGAAAGAUUGUGAAGUCUGUCAGUUAUAUGCUCGGAUGCCCGGACGUCCCGCAACCUAUUACCAACCGGUAAGCACCGCUAUCACGUUCGCCCGGUGGGGAGUGGAUAUUGUCAGACCUUUCCCUCAGUUGUCCGGCCGUCGACGCUUCAUUAUUGUGGCUAUUAAUUAUUUUUCCAAGUGGAUUGAAGCGGAACCUUUAGCCACAAUCACUUCACAACAAUGUGCCCAAUUUUUGUGGCGGAACGUGAUCUCACGCUUCGGUGUCCCGGUCCAAUUGGUAACAGACAAUGGACGACAAUUUGAGGGGCAGUAUUUUUUGAAAUUUUUUAGCAACUGUUGGGACUACGUCUAUACGGUCGUCCGUAGCUUAUCCUCAAGGGAAUGGCCAGGUCGAGAAUGUGAACCGUAUUAUCCUCGAAGGAUUGAAGAAAAAGUUACAUUCUGUGGGCCAAAGCUGGCUGGAUGA